AUGGAGGAGUACAUCGUGCGGUGGGUCAUGUGCGGGGUCAUCUCAUGGUCGGCGGCUUUCAUGGCGGUGCGGAAGGCGCUCCCCAACCGGUCCUUCGACUUUUGUAGCCGCAUCAUCUCCACUGCGCACGCCUGCGUGGCCGUCGUCCUCGCCACCCUCUCCAUUCAGGACUGGACACGCCCCAUCAGCCCCCUCGGCUCUCCCUCCUCCCACUGGCAGGUAGGUCCUCCCUCAGCGCCUCCAUUAUCCAUCCGCCCUCCCUCCUCUAACCAGCUCCCUUUCUCUCUCUAAAUCUCGCAGAUGAAGUCCUUAUCAGUCACCCUUUCCUACCUCAUCUACGACUUCUUCUGCAUCCUCUUAGACAAGCGCAUCAACAUCUCCGAUCUAGUCCACCACGCCGUCGGCAUCGUCGGAAUCAUCGCCGGCCUCGCCUAUCAAAUGGUAUCCUCCCCCCCUCUCUCUCUCUCUCUCCCUCUAUCUAUCUAUCUCUCGGUCUCUCUUUCUCUAUCUAUCUAUCUAUCUAUAAAUCUCUGUCUCUCUCUCUUUCUCUUUCUCUGUCUAUCUAUCUAUCUAUCUAUCAAUCUCUGUCUCUCUCUCUUUCUCUUUCUCUAUCUAUCUAUAAAUCUCCGUCUCUCUCUUUUUCUUUCUCUAUCUAUCUAUCUGUCUAUCUAUCUUACUAGAUUUGGAUCUGUUUGAGCUUGGAUUACUGCAGUGCGGGACGGAGAUGGUGACAACGAUGUGGAUUACGGAGGUCUCGACCCCUUUCCUUCACCUGAGGCAGUUCCUCAAGGAGCUGGGUUACAAGGACACCGACCUCAAUCUUUUAGCGGAUGUGAGUUUGUGACCGUCAUCAGUCUCAUGUCGUCUUACCAUGCCAAAAUCUCUGUCUAACGAGGGCUUUUUUGAUUAUGAUGAAGUUCCUGUUUAGCAUCACCUUCUCAUUGGCUAGAAUGGGCUUUGGGCCCUAUAUGACCACCGUCACCCUCACGGCCGACUACCCAUUUCUCAUCAAGGUGAAGGGGGAAUCACAUACGUUGGCCUUUUGACUUUUUUCACCAAUCCUUCGCUGCAUAAUGACGUGAUGGUUGACUUUUGACCAGGCCAUGGCGCUGGGGCUGCAGCUGGUCAGCGCGUUCUGGUUCUUCAAGAUCCUGAAGCUGAUGAGACUCAAGAUGAAGAGUCGGAGGAACCCCAAGGCGGCUGCGGACGGCCUUUGCCCCCCUUUGAAGGUCGACUGA